UGGUGAGGGGAGGAGGGAGACGCACGGGUUGGGGGGGAGGAAGCUAGACAAGGCGAGGGAAGGGGGAGCAGCGGUGGCGCAAGCCGCGCGGAGCAGCUCAACUCGGUCUCUGCUUCGCCGUCCCCUCCCGACCUGGUCAGCGAAGCCGGUGCCCCAGCACCCCGGAACACCUUGAAGCGAUCAGAGGAGUCCAUGUUGGGGAACUUGGCGGCACAGUGACGGGGCCCUUAGACGUCAGCGGAGGGGCCGCCGCCGCCGGAGCAAGCGCCUGGACCUCGGCCUGAGUUUCCUGGGACCCUCUUCUGCCCUUUGGCCAAAAAGCUUGCUGUGCAUUUACUUCAUUUCCCAUUCUGUGUCUGGAUCUUAGGAAGACAAAGGGGAGAAAAAUCAAGAAGUUGGUCCAGAGUUUCUUCAUUUGGAAACGGUUUUCCAAAGAGAAAUAAAGAAGAAAACUGUAUAUACCCUAAACAUGGGCGAUAAAGAGUAUGAAGAUACAGAAGGUGAAGAAAAUAGAGAUGAUAUUGCUACCACUGGUCCUUUGUACAGUGAAGCUGACAGAUGUCCAAUAUGUCUUAAUUGCCUGGUAGAGAAGGAAGUUGGUUUUCCAGAAAGUUGCAAUCAUGUGUUCUGUAUGACCUGUAUUCUUAAAUGGGCAGAGACUCUGGCUUCAUGUCCUAUUGACCGAAAACCUUUUCAGGCCGUGUUUAAAUUCAGUGCAUUGGAAGGUUGUAUUAAGGUUCAAGUAAAAAGACAGUUGAGAGAAACAAAAGACCAGAAAAAUGAAAACUCUUCUAAGAAACAACUCCCCUGUCAUGAAAAUUUUAAAUGCUGUAUAAGAAAAAAAGCCAUCAUAAGAGAAGAUCUAUUAAGUGAAAAAUGUUAUGGCUUAAAGAUGAUACAUAGAAACUCUUCAGACAUUGGAGCAGAACGAAAGGAAAAUGAAGCAAUAAAGAUAUAUAAGCCUCAAAGAUCAAAUCGAUGUUCAAGUCAUUGCUUCAGAAAUUUUUUCUCCAAUAUAUUUUCUUCUAGUAGUCAAACUGGAGAAUCUUCUUUUACCCGUAGAGCUUAUUGUACAGAAUUUAUAGAAGUCAAUGAAAUCAGUGCACUGAUUAGGCAGAAGAGACAGGAACUGGAAUUAUCAUGGUUUCCUGAUACAUUACCUGGGAUCGGAAGAAUUGGUUUUAUACCCUGGAAUAUUGAAACGGAAGUUCUGCCUCUCAUUUCUUCUGUGUUACCAAGAACUAUUUUUUCAACAAGUACCAUAUCUUUAGAAAAUUUUGGUACUUCUUGCAAGGCAUUAGCACAUACCCAAGAAGGAGAAGAAAAGAAGCAAACUUCUGGUACAUCGAAUACCAGAGGGUCAAGACGAAAACCUGCAGCAACAACUCCUACAAGGAGAUCUACACGCAACAUGAGAGCUGAAACAGUCAGUCAGUCUCCAAAAUCCCCAGUAUCAAGCAGUUCAGGGUGUGAUGCCCCAGGUAACAGUAAUCCAUCUGUAAGUGUUUCCUCUUUAGCUGAGUCAGAAAAGCAAACAAGACAAGCUCCAAAACGGAAGACUCUGAGAAGAGGAAGAAAACCACCUUUGUUGAAAAAGAAGCUUCGAAGCUCUGUACCUCCAUCUGGAAAAUCAUCUUCCAAUGAUUCAGUAGAUGAAGAAACAACCGAAUCUGACAUAUCAUCCAUGUUAGAAAAAGAGCGCCAAUCAGAUGUAGAAAGUAGUAACACUUGUCCUGUGCAGACAGAUGUAGAGAACCAGUCUAAUUGCUUGAAAAGUUUCAGUGAACAAAUAGACAGUGUGAAACAUACUGAGAAUAAUAAUGUAGAAGAAAAAGUAGAAUCUUUAUAUUCUGAAUCUUGUACUCAGGAGCCUCCUGUGCUAGUUGGAGAGGAAGAGGAAAUUCAAAAACUGGAGGCUACAGAUAGAGAUGCUAAUGUUUUGUGUUUAGAAAAUGAGAUUUCUGAAAAUAUUUUUGAAAAAGGGGAUGAUCUGAUAGAAAAUCAAGACCAGAUAUCUGGACCUUCAAAGUCAGAGGUAGAAGCAGAUAUGUGUAUAGAUCCUCCUGCAAAUGAUUUUCUGAUAUAUACAGCAUCUGAAAGUGAAGUACACCAACCUGAAUCUAGUCCCCUAGGUGAGUUACCUGAGACCAUAGAGUCCGUGGUUAAAGAAGAAAAAAUGAGAGAGAAUCCCAUAGUAGAAAUUAUUAAUCAUAAAGAUGCUACAGUAAAAAUAGAAGAGCUUGUAGAGAGCCCCAAGUUAGAGUCUUUUCAGGGUGAAAUUAUACAAACAGCAGACAAAAAAUCUAUUGAGAACCUAGAGGUUCAAUUGCUUGGGCAUGUUAAAAUUGAUGAUGAUGCAGAAGUAAUUGCAACAUGUGAUACUUCCAGGAAUGAAAACAUCAAUAAUACUCCAGGUUCUGAAAAUAACCUAUUAAAAAAUGAUCUUCUUAACACCAAGUUGGAAGAAUCUUUGGAAGAAAAGAGUGAAUCUCUGAUUGAACAUCCUAGCUCCACAGAGUUGCCUAAAACACACAGUGAACAGAUUCAGAAGCAUUUUAGUGAGGACAACAAUGAAAUGAUACCUAUGGAGUGUGAUUCAUUUUGCAGUGACCAAAAUGAAUCUGAAAUUGAACCAUCUGUAAAUGCUGAUUCUAAACAAUUAAACGAAAACUCUGUGGCAUACAGUUCUGAAAAUAAUGUCCCAUCUUUUGGUCCUACAAAUGAAAAGAUUGAACCUAUAUCUCAACAAUCUAACAGCUCAGUAGAUAUAACAGAUAAAGCUAAAAAGCCUCGUACUCGAAGAUCUAGAUUUCAUUCCCCAUCUACAACUUGGUCUCCCAACAAAGAUGCGACACAAGAAACGAAGCGGUCCCAGUCUCCAUCUCCCAAAAGAGAAACUGGAAAAGAAAGCAGGAAGUCUAAGUCACCAUCUCCUAAGAAAGAAUCUGUCAGAGGACGGAGAAAAUCCCGCUCGCAGUCUCCAAAAAAGGAUAUUGCAAGAGAAAGGAGGCGAUCUCAGUCUCAGUCUCCAAAAAGAAAUAGUACUAGGGAAGGCAAAAGAUCUGAAUCACCUUCCCCAAGAAGAGAUACUUCUAGAGAGAACAGAAGAUCUCAGUCAAGAGUGAAAGAUUCCUCUCCUGGAGAAAAAUCCAGGUCCCGGAGCAGAGAGAGAGAAAGCGAUAGAGAUGGACAGAGGAGAGAUCGAGAAAGAGAAAGGAAGACCAGAAGGUGGUCUAGGUCCCGAUCUCAUUCUAGGUCUCCUGCAAGAUCCAGAGCAAAAAGUAAGAGUUCAUCGUUUUGUAGAAACGACAGAGAGAGUUACUCACCCUGGUGGAAGGAAAGAUGGACAAAUGAUGGUUGGAGAUGUCCACGAGGAAAUGAUCGGUACAGAAAGAAUGACCCAGAGAAACAGAAUGAAAAUACAAGAAAAGAAAAGAAUGAUUUUAAUCCAGAUGUGGAGGAUCCAAAUUCUGCUGACAAAUAUAGAAAUGACUGUCCUAAUUGGGUAACAGAAAAAAUAAAUUCUGGGCCUGAUCCAAGGACCAGACAUCCAGAAAAGUUGAAAGAGUCUCAUUGGGAAGAAAAUAGAAAUGAAAAUUCAGGGAAUUCUUGGAAUAAAAACUUUGGUUCAGGUUGGAUGUCAAACCGUGGUAGAGGAAACCGUGGACGAGGCACUUACAGAGGUAGUUUUGCCUAUACAGACCAACAUGAAAAUAGGUGGCAGAACCGCAAACCCCUCUCAGGGAAUUCAAAUAGUUCAGGGAAUGAGUCUUUCAAGUUUGUGGAACAGCAGCCCUAUAAACGAAAAACUGAGCAAGAGUUCUCAUUUGAUACACCUGCAGAUAGAUCGGGGUGGACUUCUGCAUCUAGUUGGGCUGUGAGAAAGACUCUGCCAGCAGAUGUACAAAACUAUUAUUCACGACGAGGCAGGAAUUCUUCAGGUCCACAAUCGGGAUGGAUGAGACAAGAGGAAGAGACAACUGAACAGGAUUCUAACCUGAAAGACCAAACAAACCAACAAGUUGAUGGUUCUCAGCUACCUAUAAAUAUGAUGCAACCACAAAUGAAUGUAGUGCAGCAACAGAUGAACGCACAGCAGCAGCCUAUGAAUAUUUUCCCAUACCCAGUGGGUGUUCACGCUCCCUUGAUGAACAUCCAGCGUCAUCCAUUUAACAUUCACCCUCAGCUACCCUUGCAUCUCCACACAGGAGUGCCUCUUAUGCAGGUAGCUGCUCCUGCCAGUGUAUCUCAGGGACUGCCACCACCACCGCCUCCUCCCCCACCCUCCCAACAAGUCAGCUACAUUGCUUCACAACCAGAUGGAAAGCAAUUGCAGGGUAUUCCUAGUUCUUCUCAUAUAAGUAAUAACGUGAGCACACCAGUCUUGCCUGCUCCGACAGCAGCCCCAGGAAAUGUGGGAACGGUUCAGGGACCAAGUUCUGGUAAUACUUCGUCAUCAACUCACAGCAAAGCCUCUAAUGCUGCUGUAAAAUUGGCAGAAAGCAAAGUAAGUGUUACUGUGGAAGCCAGCGCAGAUAGCUCGAAGACAGACAAGAAACUGCAAAUUCAAGAAAAAGCAGCACAGGAGGUAAAAUUGGCCAUUAAGCCAUUUUACCAAAAUAAAGACAUCACGAAGGAAGAAUAUAAAGAAAUUGUACGGAAAGCAGUAGAUAAAGUUUGUCAUAGUAAGAGUGGAGAAGUAAAUUCUACUAAAGUGGCAAAUCUGGUUAAAGCCUAUGUAGACAAAUACAAAUAUUCACGGAAGGGAAGCCAAAAGAAAACUCUGGAAGAACCUGUGUCUACUGAGAAAAACGUAGGCUGAAUGGGGGAGCGCUAUAAAGGACAUUAUCAAGAAAUCUGCAAAGUGCAAUUUCAACGUGUACCAUUAACUCAAAAUCAGACAUAACUGUGAUUGAAAUUUGGUUUUGAUAAAAUUAUUUUUUUUAACAUAGGAUAUAAUGUUUUGUUCUAAAUAAAUAUAGUUCUGCACUGCAACUUCUAUAUUAUUCCUUCCCUCCCCCUGAAAAGAAAAUUUCAAGGGAAAGCAAAGGGUUUAAAGGAAUGUGCAUUUUUACUAGGACUGUCUUACAGUGUGGAUACUGGAAAUGUACAGCUUUUGAUUUAAAAAAAUGGAGUGCAUAAAUUAGAAACUUCUACGUGCACUGGUUUGGAAGAGAUAUAUAGAUAUAUAUAUAUAUACACACACAUAAAUGCAUUUAUUCUGUCAGGCUAAAAAAUAAAGUAUGAACUUUAUAUGAUUUUUCCCUUUAAUUAUAGAAAGUUAAAUAAUGUAUUACCAUGAAAAAUAGAAUUUCUAAUAUUAAGUAGAGCAUACCAAUUACAGUUCCUAAUGUGUAUUUUUACAGGACAUAUCUGAGUAAAUUGUUGAGAUAGGAAACAAAUUAUCAUGAGUAAAAUUUAGUGUUCAAAACUUUGAGAUACUCUUCACCUAUUGUGUGACCAAAUAAAGGUUAUGCUGCUUGUUUUUUCUUUUGUGCCUUUUUUCCUCUAUUGAGAUGAAGCUGUCUAAUUUGAUAGAUUACAAUGUUGGCAGUUCAAAGUCUUUGUUGAUGAUCAUUUUGGAAAAAGUGUUGAUUUGGCAGAGAUCAUGUUUCUUCAUAAUAGCUUCUACACAUCAGAGAUGAUAAAUUUGUGCCAACCACAGAAUUGCUAUUAAGUUGUGACUCUUUUCCUCCUUGGGACUGAGGUGGAAUUUCCAGACUCACUGCACUGGCUUCAGGUUGUUGCUCAUCUAUCUAAUUGCUAAUGAAAUUUCUUCUCACACUCAAAUACUUGAAAGGAAUAAAGUGUAAUUUGGUGAUUAUAUGUUGGCUGUUAGCCAUAUUGCAAAAUUCUGGACAUUAAAACUUGUGUUUUGGAAGAGGAGAAAAUUGAAUAAUGAAGUCUUAGUUAGGUUUUCAGGGAUUAGGAAUUUGAUUAUUUUUUAAAACUAGAGUAUGUUAAUUUUCCUAAGAGGUAAGUCUAAAACGUUCAUAGCUCCAUUAUUUUAAUUGGCAUCUUGGAAGAAAACAUCGAGUUCUCUCCAUGAUAAACUUUCAUUCUAGUAACAAUUUUUAGUAGAUAACCAAAUAACUGGAAAGCCGUACAGGUAAGAUGUUAAUGGAUCCAAGGGAGAGACAUGUCUUGGUGAGAUAAACUGAUCCUUUUACUAGCUAAACAUUUUAGUGAGAACAGUAUACCCUCUAGGACUGUGCUUUCCUAAAGUAAAGAUUACCUGUUUCUUAAUUUUAUGUGCAUAAUACUUUGCUGGUGAUAGCUUUGAUAGGCAAAAUAUUUUGAAAUGUUGGCUUCAAUUAUGAUUGUGCUAGGCCAUAAGCUUUUUAGGUCAUGAUUAUAAUCCUAAAAAUACUUCCAAGCAGUUUUGGAUCUUCAUUCUACAUUUCUGGGCAUUUGUAAUAAUGGUUAUUUUACUGACAUAUGUAUUUUAAUUAAAUUUUUUGUUCAGAUUGUGUUGGGGAAAGAAGUUUGGAGUCUGUUUUGUCUAAGAAAUUUUAGAAUAUUAAGAGAGUGUUUCAAAUAUUCAACACACACCUCAGUUUGGUUUUUUUUUUUUUUUUUUUGGUUUAGAACUCUAGAAACAGUUGUAAGAACUUUAAAUCUAUUUUGUGUUAAAGCUGGUUCAUACUUUUCGUGCAUUUUUUUCCCACUGAUAUUUGCGAAUUUGUUGACAUUUUAAAAUUUGCUUAUACCAGUUAGCUUUUGCAAACAAAUUUUAAAGUUUUAGAGAAAAGCUGUGUGGUGUCAUCAAGAGUCGCACUCUCAUCUUUGGUAACACUCUCAUGAAUUGCUUCCACAUUUCUUGAAAAUAACAAGUGUGUGUCCUGUAUCUGAUUGGGGCACUGAUUAGUUUGCAUUUAAAAUAGCUAAUGAAGAAUAUUACUGGAUUAGAAUUCAACCUUUUCAAAUUCUGAAAUGUUUAAGAAUGUAUUAGAAGCAUGCUUUAUGUUGAAAAAAUAUGUUGCAUUAACAUUCCCCAUUCUUACAUUUUUAAAAAGAAAUUCACAUUAAUUUUGCAUGUGCUUUGAAUCAGAAACAUUUUGUGUGGUUACAUAUUGUUAUUUUUCGAGAUUCAGUAUUGACCUUUCAAACCUUGGUCCCUUUAACUUACUAGUCAUAUUGACCUAUGUUUUAGGCUGUAGAAUGACUAGAAUUUUGAGACAUAGUGGUUGUCUAUGAUUUUAACAUUCCUGAAAGUUUUGUGAUUUUUUUUGUUUGUUUGUUUUUGGUUAUUACCACAUUCUCUUUAUUACCUUCCUUUAAAUGGUUACAGUGUGUACAGUUUGUUCCAUCCAAAAGAUGUAGCUUCAGAAGCACAGGGCUUGCCCCAGGGUCCAUGAGACAUUGUUUGUAGAAUGAGGUUGGAGUGCUGUCUACUGAAAUAAUACUCUUAAUUAUGUAGUGUGUAAUAUUUUCUAAUAAAUUCUUUUGAUAAACAAA